CCUCUGUCUCUGAGAAAGCAGUAGUUUAAGGGGGGAAAACAAGUGCGUGGAGCCAAGAAACAGGUCUGACCUCAGUUACUGGAACUAAGCAAGAGGCAAGACAAAAUGAAAACCAUCGUACCAGACUUCAACUCCACCUCCACAUCCUACAUAGAAAAUGCCACUUUGUCCAGUCUGAUUUCCACCACAACCACCCCAACCACAACCACCACCAUCCCUCAGCCUCCAUCCUAUUCCUCAGAUAUCCAUGACCCAGAAUAUACCAUCAUGGUGGUGCUGGGACUAUCGUUGCUGCUGGCGGGGUUAGCCGCCUUCCUGGCAGUGUGCAGGCCCUCAGAACAGGACGGGGAAUCGGAGGCAAGCUGCGGAGAGAGUUUGACCUGCGGGAGAAACGGGUCCAGCGAGCCGCAGCUUAAGGUGUGGAGAAGGAUGGGCUCAUAUCGGCGCUCAUACAACAUGUCGUUCAGACGACCGCCGCAUCGCAGGCCACACUGGCGUGAGAGCUUAAACACAGCCCGGACUCCAGCCCGCACUCCAGCCCGACCGACAGCACAGCCAGAAGCCAGUGUGGAGCCCCAUAUCACCAUGCCUUGUCUAUUUGACUAUGUCACUGAAAUCUGAUCUCAGGAGGGACUGACUGACUAUCUCAUGGAUGGUGCUAAACAUUACUAAUAUUGGGUGUGGGUGAAGAGUACAUGAAGAUAACGCGUUUAUUUUGAAUGCUAGCUGGACGAGGUCUGCAACUAAAGUGCUUAAAAUAUCCAAUCAAAAAGUUACUGUAGCAGGGUUUACCCUUGUUUGGAUUUCUUCACCCUUUAUAGAAGGUCAUGUUGUUGGGCAUACAUUUUUCUUUCAGCACAGCUCUGCACUAUAUGUAGAAAUGCAACCUGAGCCAAAAGAUACCACUCUGAUUCAUUCUUUAUGAAUUAAAUCAUGUUUAAGUGUGACUGCUGGAAGCGCAGUUUGUUACUCCAUGUGUUUGGCGGUGUGUGUGUUUUCUACCUGGACGAUGCUGGUUCCUUGGGUCACACUCUCCAGGAUGCUGGUCUCAUAGCUGUUUUGUAGGAAGAUGGGUCUGUUGUCAUUCACGUCCUGCACCUCCACAAACACAGUGGCUGUGCCUGUCCUCCGGCUGCCCGCUGGACCGUUGUCUAUGUGCAGAAGCAGAGGCAUUCCCUAACACAUCAGCUGCAAUCAUUCAGGUUAAUGAUACAUUUUAGUGUAGACGC